UCGACUCGCAGAGAUUUGUUGGGAAUUUCAUACAACUUAUGCUGUCAUUGUCCCACUGUGCCAAACAGGUGCCUGUAUGUCUUGCAGUAGGUGUGGACUCGGACCCACACCCCGGGCGAAUAAUUAAAUCAUUUACCAUGAGGUUUUACUUAGCCAAGUUUUCUGGGCUUGUGUCAUUUUAGUGUGUGUGCUUUAAUGAAGACCGACAAAUUAACGUUUUAUUUAUAAGGCCAAUUAAGCGACUCAGGUAAAGGUAUUGCUUCAACUGUCCCACACCCCCUCGUUUGUUUUAUAAAUGAGAUGCACACAAAAAUUAACGGCAGUCGGACAGAAGAAACUAAUCAGUUCCAGUUGCCAUUGCUACUCUUGGCAUCGGCAUGUCCAAGCUACUGGAGGCCUGUCUGGAUAAUUUGUGGUCGCAGCGGCUCACCUUUGGCCUCAUGGGCCUGGAGCUGAAGCCGGAUCGGCAGACGCUCCGCUCCCCGGUUACUUUCAUCGUCAUGGUGCUGGCCACCAGCUUCGAGCUGUGCACCGUUUGCGCCUUCAUCGUGCAGCAUCGCAGCGACAUAGUACUCUGUUCCGAGGCGCUGAUGCACGGCAUCCAAAUGGUCUCCUCGCUGCUGAAGAUGACCAUCUUUGUGUACAAGUGCCGGAAGCUGGUGUCUCUCAUUGCGUCCAUCCAGACGCCUUUUUUGCGAGCAAACAUCGAUGCAGCUGAACUGCGAGUCUGGCAGGUGCAGAACCGUCGUGCCCAAAUCUUCUCGGCCAUCUACCUGCUGAUGUGUGCUGGCACCAGCAUCUCCUUUCUGGUCAUGCCCGUCGCUUCGACAGCUCUGAUUUACUACAACACUGGACAGUUUGUGCCCGUCAGCUCGUUUCGCGUCGCUUUACCCUACGAUGUCACACAGCCGCUAAUAUACUUUCUAGACUGCUGCCUGAUGGUGCCUGUGCUGACCUUCUUCUGCUGCUCCACUACCGGCGUGGACACGCUCUAUGGCUGGUACGUCUUCGGUCUGACGGCGCACUAUCGCCGGCUCGAGCUGCUGCUGCAAAACGCACGAAUGCAGUUGUCAGCUGGUCGAGAGCUGGAGCAUAGGUUGGACCAGCUUUUCAGGCAACAUGCUCGACUGCUGCAGCUGGUGGCUCGCUUCGAGGCGGGCUUUCGGGACAUUGCCUGUGUGGAGGUGCUGUUAAUUUGCGUGUUGUACUGCUCGGUGAUCUGUCAGUAUAUAAUGCCGCACACGAAUCAGAACAUUGCCUUUCUCGGCUUCUUCUCGCUGGUGGUCAGCUCGCAGCUAUGUAUUUAUGGCUUUGGCGCUGAGCAGGUGCGUCACGAGGGUCAGCAAUUUGCCUAUCAGCUUUACCAGCUGCUGCCUUGGCACGAGUUGCUGCCGCAUCAGCGUCGCCUCCUGCUGCUGCCACUGCAGCGAGCCCAGAAGGAGACUAAGCUGGGCGCCUACUUCUUUGUCCUGGGCAGACCUCUCUUGGUGUGGAUCUUUCGCACAGCAGGCUCCUUUACCACGCUGCUCAAUACGCUUCGUGCACAGAACUAA